UGAUUAUCAGUGGAAGGGAAACGAUGUGUGGCUUCGCUUCGUUAGUCCUUAUCGCUUUGGUGCUCUUUCAAGAUGGGCACUCGCAGCUUCUCGACGAUAAUUGCGGUGGUCCGAAAAUGAUAACUUUUAGAAUAGCAGGAGGGAGGAUUGCCCCAAUAAAUACCGCUCCGUUUAUGGCUAGUCUAUACAAUGGUACCGAACUUUUGUGCGGCGGAUCGCUCAUACACAAAAGACACGUUCUUACAGCUGCUCACUGUGUAUAUGGACUGAAAGAGGUGACCCUCCGCUUGGGAGAACAUGACCGAUCAUGUUCGCCAGCGAAGUGCCCACAUGUGCAGCGUUACACUGCCCAGAUUAUAAUGCACCCCGGGUUUAAGAACAAUAUCCUCUUUGAUGAUAUGGCUCUGUUGAGACUGGACCGUGAAGUAACUUACAAUGAAAAUAUCCGGCCGGUUUGCAUCAUUUUGGAUGAGGACGUAACUUCAGAUGAGGUGUACAAAUUUUCGGCCUUCGGCUGGGGUGCAACGGAACAUAAUGUUUCAAGCCAAGUACUGAAAACAGUCGAUCUUUACCGAUUGCCCCCAGACCAAUGUUAUGUAAGCCUCAACAAAAUUUGUGCUGGCAGCGACUUGGGCGAUACCUGUGGUGGGGACUCUGGAGGUCCGUUAGGAUCGAAUACCACAUAUCGGGGAAGAGACUUGUACGUCCAGUACGGGGUACUAAGCUACGGUAGCACUUAUUGCGACGGCAAAGGCGUCUAUACAGAUGUCAAUACGUACAGAUUAUGGAUAGCCAAUACGGUGCUGGAAACCGAAAAGAGGCUUUUGACUGAGAAAUGCAAAAGUGAUUGGGGUGGUAAUGUUCUCGUCCGCCUAUGGGAGAUGUCACUGUUUGAGCACAAUUUUGCUGGCGCCCUAAUCACAACACAGUUUGUCCUGACUGUUGCCAGUGCUUUCCCCUCAAAUAUCACUAAAAUAACAGUGGAAUCUAAAUAUCUUAACACCUAUGAUAUAGAAUGGUUUCACAUACAUCCCAGCUUCACAUCUUCACCAAUACAGAAUAAUAUAGCUGUGAUAAAGCUGGAUAGGAAACUGCCAAUAUCAGUUAAAGAUCUCGAAGCACCGAUCUGCAUGGGUCUGAAUUUGAGUCCUCCGAAGACGUGGAACGCCUACCUCUAUAGUCUCGACGCUAGUUUUUUGGGCACUAAAAGUGUGGAUCUGGAGGGAAUCGAUAAUUGCUCCACCAAAAUUAAGCUGCCCGUAGAACGGGAUCAGUUCUGUGUUGAGAAACCUGAUCAAUUAAUGUAUGCACCUUAUGAAACACCUGGUUCUGUAAUAGGGACAAAACAAACCUUUAGGGGCACCGAAAAAUAUCUUAUUGCUGCCUUAAUAAGCCAUACUCAGGGUAAUGUCAUUGUGCUUACAAACAUUCAAGACCACCAAAAAUGGAUUACGGAUGAGUUGAAAGGUUGAUUACUGCUUAUUAUAAUGAUUAUACUCAACAAGCACUCUGAUGAAAAUUUUACUGAAUAAAUGAGCCGGAUGCGUGUUCAA